UAUUAUUAUUAUUAUUAUUAUGUACUAUUAUGUAUAUAUCAAUAGGCUGUUUUAUUUAGAAUUGAAAUGUUUCAAAAUUUUUCAUUUAUAUUCUUAUUAUUAACAGUCUAUUUCAUUAUACAAUUUAAACAAAGAAAACAACAAAAACUUAGGAGUAUGGAAAUUAUUGGACCACCUUUUUAGAAACAUUAUUAUUAUGAUUAUGAAUAUUAUUUAAGGGAAACAAAAAAAAAGCAAAAACAAAACAAAAUCAAAGGAUAUUAGUUUCAUUUAUUUAUAACAAUUAAAACUUUAUCAUAUUUGAUUUGUGUAUAAACAAUUUGUAUGAAUAGUUUCUUUUUAAUUGUCAUGUUAACAUAAUUUAAUAUAUUUUAAUUUAUUCAUCAUAUGAAUCCGGAUACUGUAUUAAGAAUUGGUAAAGUAUUUGAAACUCCAUACGGAGGUGAUGGAGUUGAUUUUGUGGAUCAAUUAAAUUAUCAAUUUACUGGUGGAUUGUUGAUUAUUUUUAUAGCUGUUAUUGGAGUAAGACAGUAUGUUGGUAAACCCAUUCAAUGUUGGGUGCCACAAGAGUUCACACAUUCUUGGGAAGAAUAUGCAGAAAAUCUCUGUUGGGUACAGAAUACAUAUUUCCUUCAUCCAAGUGAUCAAGUCCCUGAAGAUGAUUAUGAAUUGACAAAAGUCAGAUAUAUAGGCUACUAUCAGUGGAUAGCAAUAGUAUUAGCUGGACAAGCGAUGUUAUGUUGGGUACCUCAAAUAUUAUGGCGAGUUGGAUCAAAACGAUUACCCGUUUUACUGCGAUCAGCUAAAGAGGCAUCAGUACCAGACAGAGAACUUAGACAAAAAGCUAUUUCAUGUUUAGUAGCUACAUUAGAAGAGCAAGCUGAAUCAACUGCAAGACAUAGACGAGCAACAAGUACAAUUAAACGGAUAUUAUGUAGUUUUCGACCAAAUACGCGUAUAACUUUUCUGUUUUUUAUAGUUCGUAUUUGUUUUAUCGGUAAUUCAGUUGGCCAAAUUUACCUCAUGAAAAAAUUUAUUGGGACCAAUAGUACAAUGUUUGGCAUGGAUGUUUUAAAUGAUUUAAUUACCGGCCAAGAAUGGGAAACUUCAGGUAAAUUUCCACGUGUGACAUUUUGCACGGUUCGUGUCAGGAAAAUGGGGCAAAUAAAGCCUGCAAGCUAUACUCUUCAAUGUGUAUUGCCAAUUAAUUAUUUUGUGGAAAAAGUAUAUGUCUUUCUAUGGUUCUGGUUUGUGAUUCUUUCAAUUGUCACCAUAUUAAGUACACUUCAAUGGGCUUUCAACACACUUGUACCAGUUAGACGAAUAGCUUAUAUAAAACAAUAUAUUCGAGCUAUUCGACAACUUUCCAAUACUGAAGAAAGAGAUUGUACACGAUUUGUAAAUUAUAAUCUUGGUCCAGAUGGUGUACUAAUAUUACAAGUUGUUUCUAGGGUUUCUAGUGAUUUAAUUGCAUUGGAUGUAACAGCAACAUUAUGGAGUAAUUAUAGACAUGCUAAAAUUACUGGCACUGAAGAAGAUAUCAAUAGAUUUUUGGAAAAUGUUAAUCGAGGAACAAAUGCCGUAUAGUAGUAGCCAGGUCGGGUAAUAAAACAAUUAAUUCAAAUAUUAUUCUUACUAUCAUUUCAUUAAAUAACAUGAAUAUAGUAAAUUCAUCCCAAUCCCUACUUUUAUAUCCCACACCGCUACUAUGAAUACAUGUUACCCGACCGAAAAACUCAAAUAAAUCCACUAGAAACGCUCAAACAAUUCCAAUUAUUCAAAAAAAAACUUUACAAAUAAUAUAUCAGAGAAAUUUCACAGAACAGUGUUCGAAUAUACAGCUAUACCCCACACACACACACAUGGAUACAUAGAUGUGUUUUGUUUACACGCCUUACUCUUCAAUAUAUAUAUAUAUAUAUAUAU